ACACACCGUCUCUUCCUUCCACCCUCCUCCAUGACCACUACCAUGCUGAGCUCGCUGAGGUACCUGGCCGGCACGGCGGGCCCGAGCGGCUUUGGCUCGCGCACCACCGCCGAGGAGGUCACGGACGGCGCCGGCGACCUGAGCCACAUCACCGCCAUCGUCACCGGCGCCACGUCGGGGAUCGGGGCGGAGACGGCGCGGGUGCUGGCCAAGCGCGGCGCCAGGCUGGUGCUCCCGGCAAGAAACCUCAAGGCGGCCGAGGACGCCCGCGCGCGCCUCCUCGCCGAGCUCGGCCCCGCCACGAACGCCGGCCGCGUCGUGGUGCUGCCGCUCGAACUCUCCUCCCUCGGCUCCGCCCGUGGCGUGCCCCCGCCUGUGCCCGCCCGUGGUCGGGCCCGCCUCCGCCCGUGGCGCGCCCCCGCCUGUGCAAGCUCUGCCGGCGCGAGCGCCUCGCGCACGCGAUGCACGACGACCGGGGCGGCGGCUUCUCGGCGAGCGGCAUGGUGGCCGACAUGCGCGACGCGGCGAGUCUUGGCGCGGGCGCGGGCAUGA